GCAAUUUUUGAGUUGCAGGUUACCGGAGCGGAUGACGAUGAUGAUGGUGGAGACGAUGGACAUCACAGAACAGAAUCGCAUUGGACCCGUUGAUCGUAUAUUCCCCCCGGCGAAUGCAACUCGCCGUACAUUGGGCAAUGCUGCCUUCCACCUCGCGUCCAUGGAAGUAAUUCGAGUCUCAUGAGGCACCAUGACUCUUAUUGUUUUACCCAUGCAAGGUCUCACUCAUCUAUUUCCAUUCAAAAGAAAACAAAGUUCAACACAAGCUUUGAGGGAGUCAUCAAGUUUCAGUACCCCUUAGAGAUGGUACUUCUGGUUUUAGAACCAGUGUGGGUUUGAAUUUUAAGCUAGAGACCUAGAAGCAUGGAAAGAUACUUUAGAUCCAAGAGUUGGUGGACAAUUGCGACUGAAUAGAGUGUAUAAGGUGAUUUUUUCUUAGCAUUAGAUUUGAAAAAAUUAGUACCUAAAAGAACCAAAAUUUGAAUUUAGGACUGAGUAUUAAUAACCAAGAAGAGUUUUAGGGGGAGAUGUCCCCAAGAAGUCAACUAGGAAAACAACAGAAGUGCCUCCAAAGCAUUGUGUGAUCAUAGGAUGCAUAGAGAAAAUUUUAUGUGACAGCUUUAAGUCCAGCCAUGUACCAUGGGACAUUUUUUUUUUUUUUUUUUUUGCAUCAAAAAAGAAUAAAAGGGAGACUUGAAGUAAUAUGUGCUUAGGUGGUGGAAAUAUAUAUUUAGCAGAAUGGUGAACAAUGAUUCAUUAAAAAAAUUACAACUACUAAGGCUUAAUUGAGUUGAUUUAUUGGAACUAGGAAAAAUAUGACAAAAGGUUUAAUAGUUUUUAGUUCUUAUAUUCUUUUUAAGUUUCAUAGGAUAUGCAAAAUAUUGCCUUUAAAGAACUACUAUCCUUGGUUAAAACCCAAAAAUUUGAUCAUCUUGAUUUUACACAAGAUCUUUUAAAUAUUUACUGGGUUUUGCAUCUGGAUAUAAUAUAAUCUUUGUUAGGUUUCUUUGAAAUAAAAAAUAGAAAAAAGGAAGAAGUACCUCCAUGUGUGUGUGUGUGUGUAUAUACUAUAUUUUUGGAUACUUUGAGAAAUGAAGAAAGAAGUGGAGAAAAAGAAAGACAGAAGAGUAGAAAGGGAGGAUGCAAAGCAUUUGACAAGCUUCUUGUUGAUGAGCAAAUUAAAGAAGGGGAAAGGGAGGAGAGAGGAGAUGAUAGAAGAUGACUAGAAAGAAGGAGAGGAUGAAGUUAGAAAUGAGUAGUUUCGUUUCCAAAACCUCUUAUUCACUAUAGAAGGAGAAAUACAAAUAGAGAGGGGUUGAAGUUUAAAAAAAAUGCAGAAAAAAAAAAAAGGAGAGGGGGAUAAGGGGUAGCAGUGAAGAGAGCAAAGUGCAAAUGAAAGCUAUAAGCCAAUCACUUUUUACCUCUAAUUUUUUUUUUCUUUUGUACCAAUGAGGGGUAGCAUGGGUCAUUUAUGUGAUAAAAAGUCAUAGAGCCUUCCAAAACAAGCCCUACUCAGCAUGGUAAUUAGUAAGACCUAAAAUCUAUUCCUACGGCAAAAAUUUGUAGAAAUGACCACCUUUGAGGCCAAGUAAAUAAACAUUCUUGGAUACAAAUAGAAAAAUUAUGAACUUAUUUUUUGACUCAGAACACUAAAUUACACUUUAAGCACAUGUCAUCUACUUGUAGGUCUAGCAUUGGGUGGCCGUAUAGGCUUUUUAAAUGUGGUUGACUCUGCUUAAUCACAUUGAAUAGCUGAGUAGAAGCAAACAAGAAGAUGCUGCAGACACUUGUGGUUAUGCAUGUAAGCACUGAGGACACCGAGCGGAGUCCUUGCUUUCUAAGACAGAUGUCAAAUGUGGGUGCGGCUUAAGCAUGUUCAACACUUGGCAAGGACAUGCAAAGAACCUAUGGCAUAUUUUAAAACAAGGUUAAGACAGGUGACAUGGCAUUGUAUUUUCAUUUCAAUGAUAAAAUAUAUCACUGUUAUUUUGAACGAGGCUAUAAUUUCAAUUAUUACCCAGAAAAGGGCAUCAUAAUUGCAUGCAAUUAAUCCUUUCAAAGAUUUUAUUAGCGAGUGGUCUUUUCCAAAAUGGUACAAAUAGUGACGUGGGUUGCAAGCUCACACACACAAAAAGAGAGAGGGAGAUAAGAGGGAGGAGGAGAAAAUCAUCUUCAUCGCUGUCAUCAAAGCUGCCUUCGCAUCCUUGUUAGGCGGCAUGGGACGGAAAAGAAAGAAUCGCAAAAGCUUAAAAAAACCCAGCCGUAAGAGGUUGAAAACUGAUGACAGCUGCAAUUGGAGGCCGUGGUCUGAUCUUCCUGAGGACUUGCUUGAUAUGAUCUCGAAGCGUCUGGGUAUGGUAGACUAUCUUGCAUUUGGCGGUGUAUGUAAGAGAUGGAGGUCAUUGGUUGAAGAGUGUAAGCGUAAUUUUAUGGAUUCCCAGCCACCACACAUUGUCAUCAUAUCAACUCAUGCUAAAAAAACAUGUUCCUUGAAAAACAUGGCUGAUGGAAAAAGGUUCAAGACAAUGCUGCCUCACUUUGCUGGAAAAUACUGUUCCGCAUCCUCUUGCGGAUAUUUAGUCAUGCAAGGCAGAAAUGAUGUAUGGUUUGUGAAUCCUUUCACAAGGCAUGAACUCCAUUUCCCUGGCCUGCCCAAUUUUGCAGACCACAUUAUCCUUACUUCUAUAGCCGCGCCUUCUCCAGAUGUUAUAAGUGUGGCUGUUUUUAGAUCGUAUGCAUUUUUGAAGUUCUGUCGAUCUAAAGAUACCAACUGGACAGUCUAUUCCUAUGCUAACCAACCUUGGAUUAUCGUGGAUGUGGCUGUUUUCAAGGGCAAACUAUAUGCUGUGACCAAUGAUGCCAGAGUUGGGGUAUUCAACCUGAGUUGUCUAGUUAGUUUCACUUUUCUGGAAGUUAAAAGCAUCCCAACUUUGAGUCCUUUUCUGUUGCUGGCAACUUCGGAUGAGCAACUCUUGAUGGUUGAUUUUCGUGGGUCAGAGCAACUUAGGGUUUACGAGCUAGAUUUUACAAGGAUGCAAUGGGUGAAGAUCAAGAGCCUGGGUGAUAAUGCCUUGUUCGUGAGUGAUAUGAAGUUCUGCACAAUAAACAACCCAGCCCGAUGGGGAGGCCGCAGUAAUUGUGUCUACCAUGUUGGAUGCGUGCUCAAUUUGUGCUCCAUGUAUAGCCUGGAAGGUAAGCUGCUUGAUAGAUUCACAAUUAUUGGGAAAGAGCUCGUUGCUUUAUUCGUAAAGCCAUUCCUCUGGUAUUUUCCACACCAAUUGUACCGCAUGGACUCUCUUGUUGAUGACUAUCAGGCCCCAUGAAGAAUGUGGCUAUGGAACUCUGUUAUGUUGUUCUUACCUCCCUCCCUCUCCCUCUCCCUCUCCGUGUGUGUUAAAUCAUUUGGAUCUGAGUUUGUACUGCAUACAUCUGUGGCUAUGCUGCAGUUUGUUAUAAUGUUUUUCUCUUUACUGGAUUA